GUCUUGAACCAAUAGACAAUCGACACGUUCCCAAUCGUCUGCAUGAGCAUUUUAUUUUCAUUUCAACUUCAUAUGCGAAGGAGGAUGAAAGUUUACACGAGCAUAUUCGGCUUCUCCAUAGCGUUGUUGCUUAUCUUAAGCACAUGGACAGGUUCCACUGAAGCUGCCGUUAAGGGACCCAAAGUUACUGAUAUUGUUUUCUUCGAUAUUACAAUUGGUGGCGAAAAAGCUGGACGCAUUGAAAUAGGUCUCUUUGGUAAAACCACCCCAAAAACGGCUAAAAAUUUCAAGGAGCUUGCAGAAGGAGUUAAUGAAGGACUAACUUACAAAAACAGCAAAUUCCAUAGAGUUAUCAAAGAUUUUAUGAUUCAAGGAGGUGACUUCACUAGGGGCGAUGGAACAGGCGGCAAAUCAAUCUAUGGCGAAAAAUUCCCCGACGAAAACUUCAAGCUCAAGCAUUAUGGUUCUGGUUGGUUAUCUAUGGCUAAUGCUGGAAAAGAUACUAAUGGAUCACAAUUCUUUAUAACUGUUAAAAAAACCGAAUGGUUAGAUGGUAGACAUGUAGUUUUUGGUAAAGUUUUAAAGGGUAUGGAUGUCGUUAGAAAAAUUGAAAACACCAAAACAAGCAGCGAUAGACCUGUAUCAGAGGUCGUUAUUGCUGAUUGCGGUUCUCUACCAGUUGAAAAACCAUUCGCGGUUGAGAGGGCAAAUGCCGAUGAAUAA